CACAGUUUUAACGGCAGUCGCUGAUCAACUUUUACUGACGCUUGUUUUACGAAUAGUGUAGCGAAAUGUUUGCCUGUUCAACAUCGGCCGUCCUUUUCAUCUUGACCCUGUCGUCCUGGCUUUGCCAUCAGUCCUCCUGGGCUGCAUCCAACUAUUGUACGAUUUCUACGUGCGGAACCCAACGGCACACGCUCUGUCUCUAUCCUAACAACGGUCCAUCCAGUCAGUGCAGAAAUUACGAUCCGGCACCGUUGUCAAGUGACGAAAGAGCGGCCAUCGUUGCCCACCAUAAUGAGCGUAGACAGAGAGUUGCCAGUGGUCAGGAAACUCGAGGACGUCCAGGACCUCAGACACCCGCCAGUGACAUGAAGGAGUUGAAAUGGGACGACGAAUUGGCAACGAUUGCUCAACGCUGGGCUGAUCAAUGCGCUAUGAUUCCUCACGACGAUUGCAGGGAUACCGAAAGAUUUCGCGUCGGUCAAAACGUUGUGGACUACUGGAGCAGUCACAACGUGAAUCCGCCAAUCGAAAACCUCGUGGCGGGCUGGUACGACGAAGUUGGACAGUUCAGCAAGAACGACAUUGACGUUUAUCGGUUUGAUGAAGCCACGGGACACUACACGCAGAUGGUCUGGGGAAACACGUCGUUCAUCGGAUGUGGACGAGCCCGUGACACGAGUCGCGGAUAUCAUACUCGACUGGUUUGCAAUUACGGGCCUGCCGGCAACUUCAUCGGUAGACCGGUAUACAAAACCGGUAGACCUGCUUCCGCCUGUACUGAUGGUGUCAGCAGAACCUAUCCAGGCCUCUGUAGUUAGGAAACAAUAUGUAGACAAGUGUCUCACACACAUGGCAUGCCGAUUAGUGAUGUAAAGUAUGUUGUACCGACUUGCUAGUUAAGUAUGCACAGUGAAUGUACAAUUGAGGUGCUCCUUGAAAAGAUCAUUUUUGAAUUUCAGUAAUUUUUUCAGAUUUUCAUGUCAAAUUUAACCGGUGACCCAAAGAGGGUCGAUUCCGUUCAACCUUUUCAGAGUGACAUCAAAUCUACCGAACGAAUUUGGAUAAAAUUUGGUCUAGGGAGGUUGUGUGGGUCGCUGAUUAGGAAUCUGAACUCAAAAUUUUUUAAUUUGAAAUAGUGGAUCCGAUAUGACAAUAUCAAGUGAGUUUUGGGGUUUUAUCGCGAAGCUGGUCAGAGUUAAUCCAAAAAUUAACUUCGUUAUUCAUUAAUUCGCUACUUAAAAAGUCAACUUCGAUAAUCGUUGAAUAUUUAAAAAAAAUUUUGAAACCCACGGCAUGCCUAGUAUAACAGCUAUGUAUGCAUCACAUUCGCACUCGCACUUCGCAUUAAUUCAUUAGCCAUUCGACUCGCCGAGCGUACGAACUUCAAUUGAACGAAAGUUAAGAAUACCGUUAAUUAUUGUUUUGGUCAACUCAAAGGUUAAAUCAGAGCAAUUUUGUUACCUUCGUUAGUUACCGAUUAAUGGAUUAACGGUUUUCUGCCCAGCUUUGGGUUUUGGUCCACCAUAUCGGAUCCGCCAUUUUGAACUUUCACAUUUCGAUUUCGGAUUCGUAAUCAGCGAUCCAAAAAACCCCCCAACAACAAUUUCAUAAAAAUCCGUUCGGUAGAUUCGAUGUGCCCCUGAAAAUGUUGAAUGGAGAUAUAAUCCACCCUCUUUGGGGCACGAGUUAGAGUUGAGAUAAGAAUCUGAAAAAAAUGGAGAGUUAUUUUUGAAUCACGUGCUUAAUGCUACUCCACUCUUUGCGCACUUUGUUUUUUGGCCCGAUUUUCUCUCCCGCAUCGAAGAUCACCUGACAUCUCGCGAAAUAACUGGAUCACCAUGGUUAAAUGGCCAUGGAUGCAUCGAUCAGAGACUUGCUGGUUUUUGGCUUUGUGUCGCCACACUGCGGGCGGCGGGUUCGAAUAAGAAUUACUUUCGCCUUCUUCAUUGUCGUCCGUUGACGUCUUGACGAUUCUUCCAUUUAAUACCGUUUAGGCCCUAAUAGUGGCUGACGAGACUGCUCUUGCUGGUGACUUGAGCUCCAACGAUGCAACUUGGCAUUGUAACGCGAAAUAUCUAUUAUCCAGCAGUUCGGCAGCACUGGAAACUCGAUGUAUCCAUGCGUCUAUAUAUCAGUCGGUCAACGGUACUCGGCGGGUGUUCUUCUUCCCUUAUAACCUUAGACUCUUUCCAAAAUACUUUUCUAUGGACGAUUCUUACCCUCUGUUAUAUAUAAUGUAUCAAUGCAAUGCUCUUGCACAAACGGUAAACACUUUCCGGUUGCUGGUGAAGGGGGCGAAAUGCAACUCACUUCAGUCAUUCCUCAAUAUCGACGUUUUUAUUUUUCAUUCAAUGUUCGAAUGUUUCGUCCAACGUCUUACUUCUGUAAACAAAUAAUCUGUCCAACGGUUUAACCUGAUAUCCAAACGUUUGAGAGAAAAAUAUAAUAGGUAUGAUAACCAAACCGGUUUCUUUUCCCGUUAUUUUGGGUCCAUCAAAUUUCAGACCCUUUUGCUAUUCCACUAAACAUCCAAACCCUGAUGUGUACUUAAAGAGUAUAAAGACAUACCUGCAGGUAAUCCUGGUGUUAAGCAAACUUCUUCUAAUCCCCGAGUUGGAACGAUCGUUUAGUAUUUUCAAAGUGAAUUGCUGUGACUCGGUGUUGAAAAAUGGUCGACCCGAGCCAUCGGGUAAAUCGUAUUAUAGGCAGGGGUGAAAUCGGGGGAAAAGGAAUCCCAACUGCUGGGUAACUUCUGACGCCAUUGGCGCGGAUACAAAGUCGUGCAUAGGCUGAAAAGUCGGAGGUCUCAAUGUCGUUCGUAUAGCAUGCCUAAUGAUAAAAGUAUGUAUGCGCUGUUAUCCGACCUUUUACCACGCGUAAGCGUAAAGAAACGCGUAUUUUUCUCCCUUUGUAUUCAUGCUUAAAACCCGAGGAUACGCUAAAAAAUGUUGAAAUUGAAAAUGGACCAAUCAGCAAUUUUAAGGUCUUAUAUACCGUCGGUUAUGACCUUUCAUCACGAACCUUAUGAAAAAUAAUCACGUUCAAAAUGCUUUCGCAGCGAAUA